UCUCAAUAUCUUGUGUUCUUGCUCGGUCUCUCGACAAAACUAACGGCCUAACCCAUUAUUGCCCCUAAACUUGUGAACUGUGAAGUGUAAGUGUCGGGAAGCUGCAAGAGGUAAAAUUCUCCGUUGAAGGAAAUUGAUUGAUUUAUUCAAUCUAAUUAAGCUACAAUAAUCUGUAUUUGAUUUUUGUAAAUGCUCUGUGAAUCGAUAAAACAAUAAUUUCUCGAAAUCGAUUAUUAGGGCUGGUACAUUUUCGAAAUCGGGUUUUUGGGUGGGUAAUUCUGAGGAAACAAUUGCGCAUUUUGUGACGAAACGACUAAAGGAGAAACCCUAGUAAUCGAUUCUCCGUUGCUCGUCAAUAAAGGUCUCACUUUCGGGAAUGGAUUCAGCCGCAAUUUUAAGGCUUGCUAAUAUUAGAAGACAUAUACAACCUGAACCGUGUUUUUCAAGCUCUCAUUACUUAAAGUAUCAUCACUCAGUGUUUGGGAUGAGGAAAAAUGUAGGGUGACUUGAUCAAAUUAAGUCCUGAAGUUUCGGAUGCUUUAUCUAAGGGAGAUGCAGUUGUUGCUUUGGAGUCCACUAUUAUUUGUCAUGGAAUGCCCUACCCUCAAAAUUUGGAAACUGCAAAGGAGAUAGAGGCAAUUGUGAGAGAUAAUGGAGCUAUUCCUGCAACCAUUGCUAUACUUGAAGGAGUUCCACACAUAGGUCUUCAAAUUGAAGAGUUGGAGAGGCUUGCAAAGACAGGCGCUCAAGUUCGAAAGACUGCUCGUCGUGAUAUUGCUGCAGUUGUUGCUUCACGAGGAGAUGGUGCUACAACUGUCUCAGCAACAAUGUUUUUUGCUUCAAUGGUUGGCAUUUCAGUCUUUGUUACUGGAGGAAUUGGGGGAGUACACAGGCAUGGAGAGCAAACCAUGGAUGUCUCUUCUGAUCUCACUGAGCUGGGGAAGACUCCUGUAGCAGUGGUCUCUGCUGGUGCUAAAUCAAUACUUGACAUUCCUAGAACCCUCGAGUACUUGGAAACUCAGGGAGUGUGUGUUGCUGGAUAUAGGACCAAUGAGUUUCCGGCCUUCUUCACCGAAAAAAGUGGUUGUAAGGUUUCUUGUAGCAUAGACUCCCCGGAAGAUGCUGCUCGUUUAAUAGAAGCCAAUGCAAAACUCAAUCUCAGAACAGGUAUACUAAUUGCAGUUCCUGUUCCAAAAGAACAUUCUGCUUCAGGAAGCUUUGUUGAAUCUGCGAUACAGAGAGCCUUGGCUGAAGCAAGGGAGCAAAACAUAAAGGGCAGUGCUGAAACCCCAUUCUUGCUUUCAAGAGUUAAUCAACUAACUGGAGGAGCUUCACUUGCUUCUAAUAUUGCUCUUGUGAAGAAUAACGCUAAUAUUGGUUCUAAAAUUGCCGUUUGUCUUGCACAAUUGAGAGCAUGUGAUCAAGUCAAAUCUUGAUGGUUGUCUACGGCUUUACGCUACUGAACCUAUAAGGGACUAGGCUUCGAGUAUCUCAUCUGGUUUCUAAAUGUAGAAAUUGACAGAAACGUUGGUCGAUGUUCUCAAGUUUUUAUGCCAGCUCUAUCGAUUUAGUGUUCAUCCAACUGCAUCCAUGAUUCCAUCCAUCUCUUAUCUGAAAUGAAAGCCUUCAAUGCUGAUGUUCCUUAUUAUAUGAGUAUGGCUCCAUAUUUGGCAGACAUUUGCUGUCUUUCCCUGGAACCCUUGUAGUGUUUUCCCUUUGUACUUUUAAAAUCCUACAACUGUACUAAGUUAAAAAAUGAAUGUUUUACAGUGUAAUUAAGUUAUAUUAAUGGGGUUGUGUUGAAUCGGGCUCGAGAUAUAAGAUGUGACGAUGAUUUACACUUGUGAC